AUGAAUGCACUGUACGGAAUCGAGCCACUGUCCAAGGAGAUCGCGGUGGACCUUAGGAAUUUGUUAAACCUGGCAAAUCUGCCUAUCAGCACAACACAGGCCUGGGAACAUUCCCUGGGCAACAACGUGGAAAUCCCCACCUUCACAAAACUGGUGAUGUUUCUGCACAAUCGAUUGGUCAGCAUCGACCUAAUUGAGAGUAGGAAACCAGCCGUUCCAGUUAGAUCAUCUAUACAAUCGACCAACCAUCGCCAGACAACCAGACCAUCGGGAAACUCCACUGUUAGGGGACACAGCUUCCACAGUACUCUUGAGUCUGGAUCCAUCAGGUGCUCGCUCUGCCAACAGAAUCACGUUCUAAGACGGUGCCCGGACUUCCUUGCCAAGGAUUGUUUCGCGCGAAAGGUUAUAGUCGACCGCUCAAAGGCAUGCAUCAAUUUCCUUAGUGCUUCCCAUUCUCUCAGUCAAUGCAGCAGCAACCGAAACUGCUCCCAAUGUGGUCAACGGCACCACACUUUGUUACAAUUCCCGAAUGCUCAACAAAGUCCUUCAUUGACUCCUGGAGUAUCCCGACAGCAUACUUCAGACUCUGGUCGGAGCGCAGACUCUUCAACUCUUCAACUCUUCAGCGCAGUUGCCUCCCAUCUGAACUCAACGACCCUUCUUGCUACUGCACUGGUUCGGAUCGUAAAUAACUCCACUGGGCAGUCAGCUUUAGUUCGAGCUCUCAUCGACCAUGGUUCGGAAGGCACCCUUAUCACAGAAAACAUCGUUCAAGCGCUUAGACUCAAACGGCAUCCUGUUCGAGCUGAAAUCACGGGAAUUGGUAAUACGUCGCAUAAUCAGUGCAGGCACAGCACCGACUUCACCAUAAUCUCAUGUUCAGGAUCUGAUUUUAACGCCUACGUAUCCUCAGCCUUCAUCCUUCGGUCGCUAACAGAUCCUAAUUUCAUCAAGUCGGGUCGCAUUGACCUAUUUAUCGGUGUCGACAUUAUCCCGCAAUUAAUGCUUCCGGACAUACGUAAGGGGACGCUGGCAGAACCAAUUGCACAAAACACACAGCUGGGCUGGAUAGUUUUUGGACCAGCUGAAGCAGCCCAGACGACAUCAAUCUCCAUCCGUUGUAAUUUGGCAAACCUAAACAACACGGUGAUCGGCCGGUCAAGGCAAAUCGCAUUAAACCGUUUUCACGCCCUGGAAAGGAAACUUAAUCAUCGGCCAGAUUUCAGUCAAAAGUAUGUCAGCACUAUUCAAGAGUACUUCGAUCUCAAGCAGAUAAAAGAGGUAAAAGGUAGUGAGGAAGAACACACUAGGAUCAACGCUCAAAGGCAACUCUCAAUCUCUGCGUGCACCGUUCCACAUCAUGCUGUGAUCAAAGACGACAGUUUAACUACAAAAAUGCGCGUCGUAUACGACGCUUCGUGCAAAACAUCUAACGGGAGGUCUUUGAAUGAUAUUUUAUGCACGGGUCCCGCCCUACAAAACGAUCUUGGAGGAGCUAUACUCAACUGGCGUUUUCAUCGGUAUGUCUUCGUGGCCGAUAUAACGAAAAUGUAUCGCUGCAUAGAUAUGCAUGAUGAAGAUGCCCAGUAUCAGCGAAUUUUAUGGCGCGAUGAAAAGGGACUCAUCAAGGAAUAUUUUUCGACUACAGUAACGUUUGGCACUGCCUCGGCACCCUUCACGGCGAUUCGAGUCAUACAUCAGAUUGCGUCCGACGAGCGUGAACGCUAUCCUCUGGCCGAGCAUGUCCUUAAAAAGGAAAUCUAUGUGGAUGAUGUUCAAACCGGACACGAGACCAUCGACGAAGCUCUAAAAAUUCGCAAUGAUGUCAUCGCAGCUCUGCAAUCAGCAGGCAUGGAGCUCAAGAAGUGGGCAUCCAACCAUCCAGAUAUCUUAGAAAGCAUCCCAACUACAGAUCUCUCUAACAGUAGCAUUUUUGAGAUAGACAAUAACGACUCCAUUAAAACUUUAGGGUUGUAUUGGCAUCCAAACAAAGAUGGUUUUGGUUUUAAUCUUAAGUUUCCUCUCAAUCCUAUAUUCACCAAACGUUCUAUACUAUCCACAGUAGCACGCUUAUUCGAUCCGUUGGGAUACCUGGCACCAGUGAUCAUCGCUGCAAAAAUCCUGUUGAAGGAAGUUUGGAGUUUUCGUAUCGAGCGCAAGGAUGAGCCCCCCGCAUUAUUAGAUUGGGACGACCCAUUGCAAGAUCAACUCGCCGAGCGGUGGCGACAGCUCAUUCAAGAGCUCCCCGACAUUGAAGAGAUCCACAUCCCUCGAGUUGACUUAUCCGGAGCCCUGCUGUGUACACAAUUAGCCGAUUGGAUUGUCAAUCAACUUCAAGCAUCACAUCACACCAUAUCCGUACACUACUGGUCGGAUGCAAUGAUAGUGCUGUAUUGGAUCAACGGUGACCCUAGGCGUUGGAAGACAUUUGUGUCGAAUCGAAUUGGAGCAAUCCUGGAGGCAAGCUCGCCAUCGCAGUGGAGACAUGUUCUUACGCAAGAAAACCCAGCAGAUUGUGCUACACGCGGACUCACCCCUUCCCAGCUGAAACACCACACGCUUUGGUGGAACGGACCACAUUGGCUGCAGCUUUCAGAGGAGCAUUGGCCAGUCAAUCCAGUUCAGUCCCCAAAAUCAGAACUUAUUUCAGGAGAGCAAUCCUUAAAGCACAUCGGAGCCCACAUUUCCUACGUCAAACGAUUCAUUUAUAAUACUCGUCACAAAAAAGCGGAUAGACUCACCGGUCCUAUUCAGGUAUCUGAAUUUCAACAGGCUUUGUUCGCACUGGUGAGGAUGGUUCAACAAGAAGUCUAUUCGGAAGAAUUAUCAAGACUACGAUCCAACAAAUUUCUAUCCAAACACAACAAACUCAGCCAGCUAUCACCGUUUCUAGACGAUGAGGGGCUCAUAAGAGUUAAAGGUAGACUUAAAAAUGCUUUGCAGCUCUCCAUAUCUCAACGCACACCAAUAAUUCUUCCAAAGGCCCACCACCUGACGAUUUUGGUUAUAAGGAACGCUCAUCACAACACCUUACAUGGCGGUGUGCAACUAACUUUAUCUACAAUUCAUCAGGUUUUCUGGAUCGUCAACGAGUUCCUGAAUGGUCAAAGGAUGUUUCACCUCUUUUGGAAAAAAUGGAGUGCAGAUUGGCUAUCUCAUCUGCAGGCGCGCCCCAAGUGGCGCCACGAAACUGACAAUCUUCAGCGUAACGACAUGAUCAUCAUCAAGGAUGAUCGAACUGGUCCUUCUGACUGGAAAUUAGGGCGAAUCAUCGACUUACAUCCUGAGGCCGAUGGGCUCGUUCGAGUAGCUACAAUUAAGACCUCAACGGUUAUUUACAAGAGCGCUGCAACGAAUUGCCUACGCCUGCGUACAGGCGCCGGAGAGGAUUUACCCGAAAAUGGUCUUCUGGACCGGCAGUCCCUCGUCGACCUUGUGGAAGCCCGGCUGGAUCACAUUCGGUUAGACGUCCGCGCCCAGGAUCAAGGAGAUGGUGGAUGGUCGUUGGAUCCGCUCAUCCGCGAGCGUUAG